ACAGGCUUCCUACCAUGGAUUGUCAAGAAAAUGAGUACUGGGACCAAUGGGGACAGUGUGUCACCUGCCAACUGUGUGGGCCUGCACAAGAGCUCUCCAAGGUGCCUUCCAGUUGAGCUUAGUGAAGGCAGAUAUACCCACAGUGACCCCUCAGGAGGCCACACUUGUUGCACUGGAGUUUUGCUGCAGUUUGAGGCUGACGAGGCAGCAGAGGAGGAAUCUCUCUUCCCCAUGCCACCUGGCCAGGAGACCGGUCCUGAGUCCCCACUGAGUGAAAGCAUCUUUGAAACCCACCCACUUAACCCCAUCCUGGAUGACGACUGCAGCUCGACUCAUGGCUUCCCCACACAGAAGUCUUUUACCAUGGCCUCCUGUACCUCAGAGAGCCACUCCCACUGGGUCCACAGUCCCAUCGAAUUCACAGAGAUGGACCUGCAAAAGUUUUCCAGCUCUGCCUCCUAUACUAGAGCUGAGACCUUUGCGGGGAACACAGCUGAAAGCUCUGGAGACAGAGCUGGAUCUCAAUGUGCCCUUUGAAGUCCCCAGCCCUUAACUCUACUGAGGUCCCUUGGGCUCCUGGCAGGCUUCCCCAGUCUGCUCCCUGGACACUCAUGCCUUGUUCCUAUGCCACAACAGCAGCAGGAGCCCAGGAUGUGGUGUCCACAACAGCCAGUACUCUACAGAUGGGGCACAUCCUAUCCCAUCCCACCAGCAGAUUGAUUCUUCAUCAUUUUCCCAAAGCUGACCUGCAGCAUUUUCUGAUUCCCUAUUCUAGCUAGCCGGGAAAGCCAGAUUCCCCAGCCAUGGAGCUACCAGACAUGUUACUAGCUCAGCUUGAUUAUAGAGAAGAGAGGAGGGGAUGUCAAUGAAUGGGGUAGAGUUAUACUGCCUGCAU